CUCUUUAUGUUUUUUCUCAAAAAACUGUACAGCAAAUUGGAUGCUGUGAUUGUCUCUUUAGGAAUUUUUACUUCUUGGCAUUUGGCAACGGAUUGGUCUGUCCUUAUUCGGAGUUUUGCGUUUCCAUUCCCUCUGAAUUUUCCUUCCACCCAAAGGUGAUAGGACCAUGAAAAUAAUAUUCACUGAAGUCAGUCAGCCACACAUUUUGGUUUGUGGAUUGCAAGGUUUCCAUGCAUCAGAUUGAGUUCUUGAUGACUUUUAUUUGCGUUGGACUUAGAAGUUAGAAGAUAUGGCAAGAUCGUCUAUGCUUCGUGAACCAUGGGGACUUGGUUCAGCACGUUAAGGGUGAUGAAAGACAGAUUUGGAGACGGGCGUAGGGAGCUCAUGUUUCAGACUAGCUUUAGAUGAAGUAAGGAAGAAGGUUGGGUGGAAUCCUGUUUGGCUGCAGAAGAAUCGAGAAAGAGGAAUAUGCUAAAGUCUUCAUGCUGGUCAGGGUAACCUUCCUUGUUGCUGCUUCUAUUGCAGCUUAUGCAAUUAGGCAGUCUAACCUUCAGAAGGGUCGUACCCUAUCAUCAGCCAAAAAAUAUGCAAGCCAUAGGAAGCAUGAAGAUAAGGAGGGAAAGGAAGAAGAGAACUACCCUGACGAUAUCCCAGAAACUCAACAAGUUGAAGAUGAGGAAACGGAAGAGGAAGAAGAGGUUAAAAGGAUCAGCAGUGUAAUAAGCCCCGUUCUGAGCAAUGCUGCUCUUAUUGAUGAAGAUGAACUGAACUUACCUGAAUUUGAAGAUAUUUUGUCCAGCGUUGUAGAAUUUCCAUUACCCACCGACAAAUUUGACCUAAAAGAAAAUUCCCAGUCUGAGAAACAAAAUUCUGUUUAUGAAGCUGAGAUGAAAAGCCGUGAGAUUGAACUGGAUAGAUUGCGAAAUCUUGUGAAGGAAUUAGAAGAAAGAGAAGUAAAGCUCGAAGGUGAGUUGCUCGAAUACUAUGGCCUCAAAGAGCAGGAAACCAACAUUUCUGAAUUGCAGAAACAGCUCAAAAUCAAGAGUCUGGAGAUUGACAUGCUAAAUGUCACUAUAAGUUCGCUUCAAUCUGAGAAGAAAAAGCUUCAAGAUGAAAUUUCUGAAGGCGCUUCAAUGAGGAAGGAGCUUGAGACGGCAAGGAUGAAGAUAAAAGAGCUCCAGAGGCAGAUGCAGCUUGACACUAACCAGACUAAAGGACACCUGCUACUGUUGAAGCAGCAAGUUACCAGUCUCAAAGAGAAAGAAGUAGAAUUUGCCAGAAGGGAUGUUGAUGUAGAGAAAAAGCUCAAGGCUCUCAAGGAGUUGGAGGUGGAGGUGGUGGAAUUGAGGAGAAGGAACAAAGAAUUGCAGCAUGAGAAGAGGGAGCUGACUGUGAAGCUGGAUGCGGCCGAGGCGAAGAUAGCUACUCUUUCGAAUAUGACAGAGAAUGAAAUGGUAGCCAAGGUAACGGAAGAGCUUAAUAGUUUGAAGCAUACAAACGAAGACCUGCUGAAGCAAGUGGAAGGUCUGCAAGUGAACAGGUUCAGUGAGGUUGAAGAGCUGGUCUACCUACGUUGGGUGAACGCAUGCUUGCGUUACGAGCUGCGGAAUUACCAAACUCCUUCUGGAAAGAUCUCUGCUCGUGAUCUCAGCAAGAGCUUGAGCCCCAAGUCCCAAGAACGUGCAAAGAAGCUCAUGUUGGAGUAUGCUGGAUCUGACAUUGCUUCCCAGCAAGGUCAGGGCGACACCGACAUUGAUUCUCUACCAUCGACCCCUGGGAGCGAGGAUUUCGAUAAUGCAUCCAUUGAUAGUGCUUCCAGCAGGUACAGCAUAUUGAAGAAAACAAGUUUGAUUCAGAAACUUAAGAGGUGGGGCAGAAGCAGAGACGAUUCUGCUGUUGCAUCACCAAGUAGAUCAUUUGGGGAGAGUUCUCCAAGACCAAGCAUAAGCAGAUCCUCCAUGUCAAUUUCCAGAGGUCCACUAGAAGCCCUCAUGAUCAGAAAUGCAGGAGAUGGAGUUGCCAUCACCACUUUUGGGAAGAAAGAGAUUGAUCCAUCUGAUUCACUUGGCUCGCCAAAUCUUCGGCCGAUUAGAACUCAGGUGCCAACAACCGAUUCGCUUAACAAUGUGGCUGCUUCCUUCCAGCUCAUGUCUAAGUCAGUUGAUGGUGUUUUAGAUGAGAAGUAUCCAGCCUUUAAAGACAGGCACAAGUUGGCACUAGAGAGGGAAAAGGUAAUCAAGGAGAAAGCAAACCAAGCUAGAGCAGAAAGAUUUGGCGAAGUCUCAAAGUUAGAGAUAAGGCCCAAGGCAGACAAGCUGAAUAAUAGUGCUGUUCCAUCGCCAAGAACUCCAGCUGAGAAGAAAGUUGGUUUUGAUGACAGGAGUACUUCACAAACGCGUUAUUCAAACGAAAAGAACGAUGAUGACGGUAAGGUUGAUCCUCAUGUUGUGAACAAAAUUAAGCUGGCCCAAAUAGAGAAGAGAGCCCCACGGGUGCCACGGCCACCGCCAAGGCCGUCAGCUGGUUCUGCAAGUGCUACUAGCACUGCUGCUGGUGGAGCAGCAGGGGUGCCACCACCACCACCACCACUACCAUCUAGUGGCCCUCCAAGGCCACCACCUCCACCAGGUGGCCCACCACCACCACCUCCACCACCAGGUUCUUUGCACAGAGGGCCGGGUGGUGGUGACAAGGUACACCGUGCCCCCGAGUUAGUCGAGUUGUACCAGUCUCUCAUGAAACGUGAAGCAAAGAAGGAAAUAUCUUCUUUGGGAUCGGUAACCUCUGGUAGUGCAGACGUGAGAAGCAACAUGAUUGGUGAAAUUGAGAACCGGUCUGCCUUCCUAUUGGCCGUGAAGGCGGAUGUAGAAACCCAGGGUGAUUUUGUUCAGUCCUUAGCAGAUGAAGUCCGUGCUGCAUUCUUCGCGAACAUUGAGGAUGUUGUCUCUUUUGUCAACUGGCUGGAUGAGGAGCUAUCCUUCUUGGUCGACGAACGUGCUGUUCUGAAACAUUUUGACUGGCCGGAAGGGAAAGCUGAUGCAUUGAGAGAAGCAGCAUUUGAGUAUGAGGACUUGAUCAAGCUAGAGAGACGUGUGUCAACUUUUACUGAUGACCCAAAGCUUUCAUGUGAAGCAGCUUUGAAGAAAAUGUACUCUUUGUUGGAGAAAGUUGAACAAAGUGUUUAUGCCCUCCUACGGACACGAGAAAUGGCUAUUUCGCGGUACAAAGAUUUCGGCAUUCCUGUUGAUUGGUUGCUAGAUUCAGGCGUAGUGGGCAAGGUUAAACUCGCCUCUGUACAACUUGCUAGGAAGUACAUGAAAAGGGUGGCCACAGAGCUUGAUGUUUUGAGUGGUCCAGAGAAGGAGCCUACAAGGGAGUUUCUAAUUUUGCAAGGUGUGCGGUUUGCCUUCCGCGUUCAUCAGUUUGCUGGAGGUUUUGACGCUGAAAGCAUGAGGGCAUUUGAGGAGCUAAGAAGCCGUGUCAGCUCACAAGCAGCACAAGCUGUCAACGUACCAGAAGCUUGAGAUAUUUCAAUUUGUUCAAAAAGUUCCUGUAUAUUUUCACCUUUAUCUCCGAUGGGAGGACUACAAAUGUAUUGUCUAUAAUUCUUGAUCA